AUGUUUGAAUUUCUCUCAGCAUUCGAAUGUUCAAAUCCGGAGAUCACCGACUCGAUCAGACUGCUUUUCCUGAACGCUCAUAAUGAUGCUCGACUGAGUGUGGCAAAAGGUUUGGAGCCGAACAAGUGUGGAUCCUUACCGGCAGCAAAGAACAUGUACAAACUGCAGUGGGACUGCUCUCUGGAAGAGAAAGCGCAAGGCCUCAUCACCACUUGUCCAUGGUGGACGAAGUCCAUCGGCGGCCUGUCUCGCAAUAUUUAUACCACCGGUAUACGUUCUACUUCGAAUUCGGCCGUUGUGGUUGCCAACAUCUUGUCGCUAUGGUGGGGAAGAGUUCGUGAGUAUGGUAGCAUUGAUCCUGAUAAUAAAUACACCAACCCGGCGCUUUACAACUUUGCCAAUAUGGUUCAUUCGAAAACGACCGGAAUCGGAUGUGCUUACAAGGUUUGCGGAGGAACGCGGCUGACAGUUAUGUGCCUCUAUAAUAGAAUUGGAUAUUACACAAAUAGUGUUAUGUGGGAGAUGGGGAACGCAUGCAGAUCAGAUUCUGAAUGCACCACGUAUCCUGAAUCAUCGUGCUCCGAAGGACUUUGCAUCAAAGAGCUCGAAAAGCCUGAUUCUGGCUCCAGUGUAAUGUGCCCAUCGGAUGGCAACAUGACGGAUGCAACACGACAAAAAUUCCUCGACAUGCAUAACUACCUCAGAUCACGUGUCGCCAAUGGCCUCGAGCCGGACGCGCUUGGCGGAAACGCCCCUAAAGCAUCAGAAAUGCUGAAAAUGGUCUAUGACUGCGACGUUGAAGCAUCUGCGAUAAGGCACAGCCAAAAGUGUGUAUAUGAACACUCGUCACCGAGUGAUCGCCCAGGAUUGCGAGAAAAUCUUUACUCAACAUCUGUAUUGAAUGUUGAAAGAGUAACUGUGGCAGCCGUGAUGGCAUGGGAUCGUACGUACAGGCUUGGCUGUUCCGUUCAACACUGUCCAACGUUCACUUACGCUGUCUGUCAUUAUUCACCUGCCGGAAAUUUUGUGAAUCAGCUGAUCUACGCAAUAGGAGAUCCAUGCACGGAUGACAAACACUGCCCAGGAUCUUACACCUGUAGUCCAUCAGAAGGGCUUUGCAACGUGGCA